UGUGUAUAUGUGAAGUGGCUUUAACGGUCAACGAUAGAAAUGAUGAGUUCACAGACUCCAACGCUCUCUUCUCACCCAUCACCAAGAAAUUAAAACAAAAAAAGCAAACAGGUGCACUUAAAAAGAUCAUUGUCCUGAAUCAUCCUUUUUCACGUGUCGUCUUCAUCAAAUCCUCACCGUCACAACAACCAAGAUCCUCUGUUUUCUUCGAUUGACAACCCAGAGAAACACUAAAAAGGAUCCCUACAUUUUUAUUCAAUGGAUUUGUACUACAAAACCAGAUCACCAUCACGUGAUUUGAAACCACUAGCAGCUCAAAAAUAUGGUGAACCAAAUCGGAGAAAGAGACGAUGUCGUCGACAAAGAGAAUUAAAACAGAGUUGACUUCUUGAAGAGACAGAGAAAACAGAAACCUUUCCAAAGUGUUUUGCAGAUAGUCUUUCUUGAUCAAUCAAAGCCAGUCUGUAAUUUUCUCAAUCUCAAUCUAAUCUUUUUUUGUCCUCGUAGCCAAAACCAUUCCGUGACUGCCCCCCCAAAUCGACGUUUCUUUUCGUUUCUUCCUGAUGUUUUCGGAGAUCACUCUGUGUUCUUACCAAAGCUAACUUGUAAAAACAUGAGAGGAAGUAUCUGUUUCCUGGCAAUAGUGGUUCUCUGUUCUUUCUCUUUCAUCUUUGUGAGAUCCUUAAACGAGGAAGGGCGUGUUCUUCUGGAGUUUAAAGCUCUUCUUAACGACUCCAAUGGCUAUCUGGCAAGGUGGAAUCCGUUGGAUUCAAAUCCCUGCAACUGGACCGGAAUCGCGUGUACCAGUCUCAGAACUGUAAGUUCUGUUGAUCUAAAUGGGAUGAAUCUUUCAGGUACACUAUCUCCUCUCAUAUGCAAGCUUAAUGGUUUGAGAAAACUGAAUGUUUCCACCAACUUCAUCUCUGGUCCGAUCCCUCGAGAUUUAUCUCUCUGUCGAAGCCUAGAAGUUCUUGAUCUCUGCACAAAUAGGUUCCACGGAGUAAUACCAAUUCAGCUAACCAUGAUCAUCACUCUUAUGAAGCUGUAUCUAUGCGAGAAUUAUCUUUUCGGUUCGAUCCCUAGACAAAUUGGUAGUUUGAGUUCGCUCCAAGAGCUUGUGAUCUAUAGCAACAAUCUCACCGGUGUAAUCCCUCCUUCCAUGGGGAAAUUGAGACAGCUGCGGGUCAUUAGGGCAGGGCGGAACACGUUUUCGGGUGUGAUUCCGUCUGAAAUCAGCGGAUGCGAGAGCCUAAAGGUACUUGGACUAGCAGAGAAUCUUCUUGAAGGUUCUCUUCCUAAGCAGCUCGAGAAGCUUCGCAAUCUUACUGAUUUGAUACUCUGGCAAAACCGUCUAUCCAGCGAGAUACCUCCUUCAGUAGGAAACAUCACCAGUCUGGAGGUGCUUGCGCUCCACGAAAACUACUUCACAGGAUCAAUUCCAAGAGAUAUUGGGAAGCUCACAAAGAUGAAAAGGCUGUACCUUUACACAAACCAGUUAACCGGAGAGAUACCUCGUGAAAUAGGCAACUUGACAAAUGCAGUUGAGAUAGAUUUUUCCGAGAAUCAGUUAACAGGUUUCAUCCCGAUAGAGUUCGGUCAGAUCCUGAAUCUCCGAUUACUUCAUCUUUUUGAGAACAUCCUUGGAGGUCCAAUUCCUAGGGAGCUUGGGGAAUUGACACUGUUGGAGAAGCUAGACUUGUCUAUCAAUAGACUAAACGGUACUAUCCCACAAGAGCUUCAGUUCCUAACUUACCUUGUGGAUUUGCAACUUUUUGACAACCAGCUUGAAGGGACGAUUCCUCCUCUAAUCGGUUUCUAUAGCAAUUUUUCUGUUCUUGAUAUGUCUGCCAAUUCUCUGUCUGGUUCAAUUCCCGCCCACUUCUGCAGAUUUCAGAAGCUAAUACUUCUGAGUCUUGGUUCAAACAAGUUAUCAGGAAACAUCCCUCGUGAUCUGAAAACCUGCAAGUCACUGACAAAGCUAAUGUUAGGCGAUAACCAGCUAACAGGAAGCCUUCCCGUUGAAUUAUUUAAUCUUCAGAACCUUACUGCAUUAGAGCUUCACCAAAACUGGUUAUCAGGGAAUAUAUCUGCAGACCUGGGAAAGCUGAAGAAUUUAGAAAGACUGCGUCUUGCUAACAACAAUUUUACUGGUGAAAUUCCUUCAGAGAUUGGGAGUCUCACAAAGAUUGUUGGCUUAAACAUCUCCUCCAAUCAGCUCACUGGUCACAUCCCUAAAGAGUUGGGGAGUUGUGUCACUAUCCAGAGGCUUGACCUUAGUGGCAACAAGUUUUCCGGGUACAUAGCAGAAGAGCUUGGUCAGUUGGUCAAUUUAGAGAUUUUGAAAUUGUCUGAUAAUAGAUUGACCGGAGAAAUUCCUCAUAGCGUUGGAGAUCUUACUCGGCUCAUGGAGUUACAACUAGGAGGCAAUCUCUUGUCUGGAAACAUUCCAGUGGAGCUUGGAAAGUUAACCUCUCUGCAAAUCUCCCUCAACAUUAGUCACAAUUAUCUCUCAGGUAUGAUUCCAGACAGUUUAGGAAAUCUACAAAUGUUGGAGAUACUUUACCUCAACGACAACAAGCUUUCAGGUGAGAUCCCUGCAUCAAUCGGGAAUCUCAUGAGCCUCCUCAUCUGCAAUAUCUCAAACAAUAACUUGUUAGGAACAGUACCAGACACAGCAGUGUUUCAGCGGAUGGAUUCAUCGAACUUUGCUGGAAACCACGGUUUGUGUAACUCUCAGAGAACCCACUGCCAACCACUUGCCCCAAAUUCUGAUUCGAAGAUAAAUUGGUUAAUGAACGGUUCGAAAAGGCAAAAGAUCUUGACAAUCACUUGUCUUGUGAUCGGCUCGGUUUUUCUUAUCACUUUCCUUGGUAUCUGUUGGGCCAUAAAGCGGCGAGAACCAGCCUUUGUUUCUCUUGAGGAUCAAACAAAACCGGAUGUCAUGGACAGCUACUAUUUCCCUAAAAAAGGUUUCACAUAUCAAGGCCUUGUGGAUGCAACCAGAAACUUCUCCGAAGACGUGGUUUUAGGGAAAGGAGCGUGUGGAACGGUCUACAAAGCUGAAAUGUCAGAUGGCGAGGUGAUAGCCGUGAAGAAACUAAACUCUCGCGGCGAAGGAGCUAGUUCUGAUAAUAGCUUCAGAGCUGAGAUAUCAACACUUGGAAAGAUAAGACACAGGAAUAUUGUGAAGCUAUAUGGUUUCUGCUAUCACCAGAACUCAAAUCUUCUCUUGUAUGAGUACAUGUCAAAAGGAAGCCUCGGCGAACAACUACAGCGAGGAGGUGAGAAAAACUGCUUGUUGGAUUGGAAUGCUCGGUACAGAAUCGCCCUCGGCGCUGCAGAGGGUCUGUGUUACCUCCAUCAUGAUUGCAGACCUCAAAUAGUUCACCGCGACAUAAAAUCGAACAACAUUCUUCUUGAUGAACUGUUCCAGGCUCAUGUUGGAGAUUUUGGCCUGGCUAAGUUGAUUGACCUCUCUUACUCAAAGUCCAUGUCAGCGGUUGCAGGCUCUUACGGAUACAUCGCUCCAGAAUAUGCUUACACGAUGAAGGUGACAGAGAAAUGUGAUAUCUAUAGCUUUGGAGUAGUGCUUUUGGAGCUAAUAACAGGAAAGCCCCCAGUUCAACCGCUGGAGCAAGGAGGGGAUCUAGUCAAUUGGGUUAGAAGAUCAAUCCGUAACAUGGUUCAAACCAUUGAAAUGUUUGAUCCGAGGCUGGAUAGAAAUGAUAAGAGAACGGUUCAUGAGAUGUCUCUUGUCCUAAAGAUUGCACUGUUCUGCACCAGCAAUUCUCCGGCUAGUAGACCAACGAUGAGAGAAGUUGUGGCAAUGAUUAUCGAAGCUCGGGGAUCAACUAGUCUCUCUUCCUCGUCAAUUACAUCAGAAACUCCUCUAGACGAAGCAAACUCCUCCAAAGGUAUUGACUUUGUUGUAUCACCUUAAAGUCAGCAAAAAAAUCCAGUUCAGUCAAACAGUGGAAAAUAGGAUGUUGACUCUCUGAUUCACAAAUUCACAAUGAUAUCUGCAGUUAUUAGAUAAACCAACACAUUGUUCAGAAACAUUGCAGAACAUGUAAAGCAUCUAUUUUGCAAAAGAAGAAAACCAGAGUCCAAGAACAGAUAAGCCGCUAAGAUCUUUCUUAAAGGAAAAUAUAAUUAGUUCUACA